AUGGCCGAUGAGAACAUCACCCACCACAUUGUCGCUAUUGAGGCUGUUCACUGCCCAAUCCCGGAAUUUAAUCUACCAGGGCCACAUACCCGCGCAGUCUACCGAUGGACCGAUCCUGCUGAUCUGCACAGUCGCAUCAAAGAUGCCACAAUCAUCGUGACGACAACCACACGCCUGACGGCAGAAACCCUCAGCGCCGAAGUCACACCCAAACUCCGUCUUAUAGUAAUCAUGGCGACUGGCACAGACUGCGUCGAUAUAGCAGCUGCAACCGCACGAGGAAUCACCGUGUGCAACUGUCCCGGCUGUAAUGUUGACAGUGUCAGUGAACACGCGAUUGGACUUUACUUCGCCACUCGACGGAAGUUCAUCGAGCUUCAUAAUGCCACAGUCGCGGUUCCUGCAGAUUUGUCGCGUGACACGGAGUGGAAGACGAAUGGCUCAUUGCUGAGUCGGGUUCGUGCUGCUGAUGGAAAGGCCCCGUUGCUGUGUAGUGAUGAGACCUUGUGUAUUGUUGGAUACGGAUCGCUAGGCAAACGCAUCGAGGCCAUGGCAAAGGGUCUCGGGAUGAAUGUGAUUAUUGCUGAGCGUAAGGGCGUAUCUUCUCGAUCGGGGCGGGUUGUGUUCGAAGAUGGCUUGAAACAGGCGACUGUGGUUGUUUUAUGCUUGCCACGAAGUGCUGAAACUCUCAACAUGAUUUCUACUGCGGAGUUGGAUAUUAUGUCCCCCCAUGCCGUGUUAGUUAACGUUGCAAGAGGUGGAAUCGUCGACGAGCAAGCUCUGCUUGAAGCUCUCAAGCGAGGAGCAAUUUCAGGCGCGGCUACAGACGUUUAUGCCACAGAACCUGCUGGGAGAGGCGAUUCGCCGCUGUUAAGCCCAGAAGCAGCAGGGUUGAACUUGGUCUUGACACCUCACCUUGCCUGGUACUCCGAAAAGACAUUGCAAAACCUACAGACAUCGUUGAAGAGCACAAUCGAGAAGUGGUGUGUUGGUGAGAUUAUCAAUGAGGUACGAUGA